GAGCUUGGUAAAAAGAUGAACCAGAGCAAAGUCAUGAGGGUGUUUUUGGAUGACUUACUCUUGCUAAUGUUUUUCUCUUACUUUUCCUCUGCUGUGUCCUCUCUUUAUUCCUCCUCUUGUCAGUUACAGAAACAGUUUUAUCUAAAUCGUAUGCACAAAACUGGAGAUGUAAUUCUAGGAGGACUUUUUGUAAUCAACUUUUUUUCUACUGAUCCUGACCUGACUUUUACCUCAGAGCCACAACUGCCUACCUGCUAUGGUUUUAAUGUUGUAGGAUUCAGACAGGCUCAGUCCAUGGCCUUUGCUAUCGAUGAGAUCAACAGAAAGUCCAACUUGCUGCCUAAUGUGACUCUGGGAUACAGUCUGUAUGAUAACUGCCUCCAACUACGAAUUGGAUUUCGUGCAGCACUGACGUUAGUCAGUGGUCAAGAAGAGCAAGUUACAUUAGAGGAGAACUGUGUAGGAACUCCUCCAGUCCUAGGGAUUGUGGGAGAUACUACCUCUUCAAAUUCUAUAGCCAUUUCUACGGCCCUAGGUUUGUACAAAGUGCCUAUGGUGAGUUAUUAUGCCACAUGUUCCUGCCUGAGUGACAGACAAAAGUUUCCAUCUUUCUUUAGAACAAUCCCAAGUGAUGCUUUUCAGGUGAAUGCUAUGAUUCAGAUUCUAAAACACUUUAGUUGGACUUGGGCAGGUCUGCUCUUCAGUGAUGAUGAUUAUGGAGUCCACGGUGCCCGAUCCUUUCACUCUGAUAUGGGUCCAGCUCGUGGAGGUUGUCUGGCUUACACAGAGAUUUUGCCCUGGGGUGAUGACCCUGCUGAACUAAGGAGAAUAGUGGAUGUGAUGAGGAAAUCUACAGCCCGAGUGGUGAUUGUGUUUGCACAUGAGAGUCACAUGAUUAACCUCAUGAAAGAGGUGGUGAGGCAGAAUGUGACAGGCCUGCAGUGGAUUGCCAGUGAAUCCUGGACAACAGCUGAUGUGCUCCAGACUCCUCACUUCAUGCCGUACCUGAGUGGAACACUGGGCAUCUCUAUCCGUCGAGGAGAAAUACCAGGGUUCAGGGACUUCCUGUUACAAAUACGUCCUGAACUACAUCACACCAAAAUGGAUGGAAACAGCAUGGUGAAUGAGUUUUGGGAACACACAUUUCAGUGUAGAUUUGCACCACCUCCAGCAGGUUGGGUGGAAACUGGAGGAGAAUUAUGCACUGGACAGGAAGUUAUAGAGAAUGUGGAGACUGAGUUCUUUGAUGUUUCAGACCUCAGACCAGAGUAUAACGUGUAUAAGGCUGUGUACGCUCUGGCGUAUGCUCUUGAUGACAUGCUGCAGUGUGAGGCAGGGAGAGGCCCUUUCAGCAACAACACCUGUGCUCAUUUAGAAAGACUGGAGCCAUGGCAGCUUGUGUAUUACUUGGAAAAAGUCAACUUCACCACAACAUUUGGUGAUCAAGUGUUAUUUGACGAGAAUGGUGAUGCCUUACCAAUAUAUGAUAUCAUAAAUUGGGUGUGGCUCCCUGAUGGAAGAACUAAAGUUCAGAGAGUGGGUGAGUUUCAGAGGUCAGCCUUCAAAGGUGAAGAACUCACACUGGAUGAAGACAAAAUCUUCUGGAACUUUGAAUCCAAACAGCCUCCUCGGUCAGUGUGCAGUGAGAGUUGUCCUCCAGGUACCCGCAUGGCCAGAAAGAAGGGGGAACCUGAUUGUUGUUUUGACUGUGUCCCUUGUUCUGAGGGAAAGAUCAGCAAUACAACUGACUCCAUGGAGUGCACCAGCUGUCCAGAAGAUUUCUGGUCCAGCCCCCGGCGUGACCACUGUGUUCCUAAGAAAGCAGAGUUCCUCUCCUACCAUGAGCCUCUGGGUAUCUGCUUGACAACCACCUCACUGUUGGGCACAUUUAUCUGUGUCGUUGUUCUGGGCAUCUUCAUCCAUCAUCAGAGCACACCUAUUGUUCGUGCCAACAAUUCAGAACUCAGUUUUCUUCUCUUGGUGUCACUUAAAUUGUGUUUCCUCUGCUCGUUGCUCUUCAUUGGACGACCCAGAUUAUGGACUUGUCAACUAAGACAUGCAGCAUUUGGCAUCAGCUUUGUGCUUUGUGUCUCAUGUAUCCUGGUGAAAACCAUGGUGGUUCUUGCUGUGUUUAGGGCCUCCAAACCAGGAGGUGAGUCCAGUCUCAAGUGGUUUGGUGCUGUGCAGCAGAGAGGCACAGUUCUGGUUCUGACUGCUGUUCAAGCAGCAAUCUGCACUGUCUGGCUUGUCUCUGCUUCACCAAUGCCUCAUAAAAACACCCAGUAUCACAGUGACAAGAUAGUUUAUGAGUGUGCAGUUGGCUCCAUAGUUGGUUUUGCAGUUUUACUUGGUUAUAUUGGUUUACUGGCCAUCCUCAGUUUCUUGUUAGCUUUUCUAGCAAAAAAUCUUCCAGACAGUUUCAAUGAGGCCAAACAUAUCACUUUCAGCAUGCUGAUUUUCUGUGCAGUGUGGGUGGCCUUUGUCCCUGCUUACAUCAGCUCACCAGGCAAAUAUGCAGAUGCAGUGGAGGUAUUUGCCAUCCUGGCCUCCAGUUUUGGUCUCUUGGUGGCACUGUUUGGACCCAAAUGUUACAUCAUCCUGUUCAGACCAGAGAGAAACACAAAGAAAGCUAUCAUGGGUCGAGGUACCACAAAGUAACAUUGUUAUCACUUCUGUCUCUCUGUCUAUCUUUUGUAUUUUAUAAUUCAUUUCAGAUCAUCAAUAAUUUAAAUACUUAAAUUCAUCUUUUUUUAUUAUUAUUUGUACUUAACCCACUUUUUGUUGGUCCACAGUUUGAAAUUUGGUGUUUAACUUUAGGCUCAGUGCUUACCUACACAGGGUCAAUCAUAACAUUUCAACUAACACAUUAUAUGUAUAUAUAUAUAUAUAUAUAUACAUAUAUAUAUAUAAAAAAAUAUGUGUGUGUGUAUGUACAGUAUGUAUAUUUAUUAAAAUCUCUUCAAUGAGUGUCUCAAGUGUGUAUUGCUUGAUCAUAUUUCUCCCACAGUAAAUUAGUAAAAAUCAACCUACAUGUCAAAACAACAAUGGCAAUAUUUGUUUACCCUUUAAACUGUUUCUCUCGUACACAUGGUCACUCUCGUGAGUUGGAUGCGUUCACUUAGCUGCACUCAGUUUGAAAAAUCAUGUAGUUCCCUCCAUCCUUCUGCUUUUGUGCUCUGGUUGUGGUCACAGCCUAAACGGUUGUGUUGUGUGGUCGGCCCCUAUGUUUGCGGCAUCCAUCUCAUUGGCCAACUCAUUGGCAUUGCACAGUGUCGGCUGAUCAAUGGUCUGGUAGUGGCUAGGUGGCUCAGCUGGAGGCUCUCCUGGGUGCAGUCUUUUAUCCAAAAAAAUGUGGUUGCACCUUGUGGAUAAGAUUGGGACGAGCUCCGGUGAUAGCACAGUUUACUGGCCAUCACACCCUGGAUGUAGCUGUUGUUUUGGCUCUGUUCUUUUUCCUGGUGCUUGCUGAGUUUCUGUCGAUUGCCAAGUUUUUUUUUAUGUUGUGGUAUUUAUUUGGGUUAGUUGUGGUUGGUAUCAUUAUGGCAUUUAGAUAUUAUCUGGUUAAAAUAGCCUUUUUUCCUGUGAAUAUUUUUUUAUUAUUUUGUUUGAAUGUUAGUUUUCAUUUAUUUAAUUUGAAGAUUAUUUUAUUAAUUCAUUCCAAUAUUACUGUGUGUUAAUAUUGUUUGGUGUCUCUUGGCAUGGCUGGUGAUCUCUUUCUCUCUGUAGGUGCCAUUGGCCUAAGCAGCAGCCUGCUUUCAUCCACAAUCCUGUUUUGGGUUGGUGUGCAGUGUCACGGGUGGUUUAGUUUGAGGACCUUUUCUCUUUUAUUCCCCUGUUGCCGUGGUAAGCCCCAGUUCCGUCCUCCAUUUCCUCUUAAGUGUAUAACUUGAUAUUAAUAUUUUUGUCUUUCAGACAAUUUGAUAAGUACUUGAAUAUUGUUAAUAAAAAAAAC